AUGAUGAAUCAUAGCUACACACAUAUAGAGGAGGCCCCAGAGGCGAAAGAACAAGAUAUCCAAACACCACCACAAUUUCUAAAUAGACGUAGGUCUAGCAACUAUAUUGAUGCGUUAAGUUCAAAGAGAAACGAGGAGAGUGACCCCAUAUCAAUGGAUAUGCAAAAUGCCAGACAUCAGCUUUCCUCUAUAGAGCAAUCAGAUCAUGAUAGUAAGACAAGCAAUUGUAAUAAAGUGGCAGAAGAAGACGAAGUAGACUACAUGAAAAGAAACAAUCAUUCCAGACAACAGGAAAGACCCUUAACUGGCAGAAGAAGAUCUUCAUUUGAGUAUGAAGACUUCAAAAAGAAUAUUUACAACAGAUCAAAGCUAUUCGAAUAA